CUUCCAGCAUUAUAACACUAACAAUGUAUUCAAAGGUUCGUCCUCUUCGCCUUCCUUUACGCGUACCACCAUACGAUGUCACUUCGAAUGCAAUAUCCAUCCCUCCCAGUGGCUGCCUUUCUCGCUGCUGCGCUCAUUCUAGUUCCUUUGCCGUGGCAUUGGCGGGCUCGCAAUGUCGGGACUCUUGCCAUUAUAGCAUGGCUCUUUGUUGUAAACAUGAUCUAUGGCAUUAAUUCCAUAGUAUGGGCUGGAAACGUCAACAAUCCAGCUCCACUCUGGUGCGAUAUAUCUACUAAGCUCAUCAUUGGUGCAAACACUGCAUUGCCGCUAGCUACCAUGUGCGUGUGCAAACACCUUGAACUAGUAGCGUCGAAUCGGCACGUUCGCUUUGAUCACGUCGAUAAACGCCGGCGCAUCAUUUUUGACACCAUCAUGUGCUUCGGUGUUCCGUUGCUUUUCAUGGCCCUUCAUUACAUCGUACAAGGUCACCGAUAUGAUAUUGUCGAGAACUUUGGCUGCCAGCCCACCACAUACUUUUCGAUUGAGGGCAUCAUCAUAGUUUGGUUACCGCCCCUGAUUUUUGCACUCGCUACUCUUGUGUACGCAUCUAUCGCGCUUCAUCACUUCAUUUACCGGCGCAUGUCCUUUGCGGCGCACUUGCAGAAUUCCAACUCAGCACUCACGACUCAACGUUAUCUUCGCCUAAUGGCUAUGGCCGUUACGGAAAUUACGUGGGGAACUGCAUUGACAGCCUUCAAUCUCUACAACAACACCGAAUCAGGGCUGCGACCGUGGAUCAGUUGGCAGAAUGUUCAUUCCGAUUGGCUACGUGUCGACCUCGUUGCCUUCAUUGAACUCCCCCCAGCCUUCAUUAACAACAUGUUUCUGGUGUGGUGGGCGAUGCCUGCGAGUGCUUAUAUUUUCUUCCUUUUCUUCGGCUUCGGCGAAGAGGCGAGGAAGGAGUACCGCAAGGUUAUUAUCGCCUUCAGAAGACAUGUCUUGAGACAGUCGGUUAAAGAUAGUAGCGUCUUCAGAUCAAAUCAGCCAAGUCUCAGAAAUCGUCCUUUCCUGAACGUCGCAACUCUCCCGUCUUUACGGCUGGUUGGUGACGAGAAGUCGAUUGACGAGGGGUCUGUAUCGUCAUCUACAGUCCCUGCUACCCCGCUCAAGAAGUGCGGGGAUGACGAUUAUUUAUCACCAACGUUUGACAUCACUCCCCUCCCAACAUACACUCCUGACCUUGAAUGCGGAUACCCAGCUGAAGAUGCGACCCACGAUCGACUGCCUGACACAUCUUUGUCAUAUCGCCCCUCAGAGAGCUCACUUCGGGAAUUGCCCCGACAAAUGUCAUCUGACUACUCUUGUCCCCCACUGCCCGCUGGUGCCUAUCAGAGCAGUGUAUGUGAGGAUGAGUACACCUCCUGGCCGCCCCGAAGGGGGGAUGACGCCGUAUGAACACCGCUCCGUUUCUCGUAUCGCAUUAUUUGUGGCAUUUAUACAACCUUUCGCGUUCAUGUCUAUUAUUUCUACUCACUUUCAACAACGUAUUCAUACUGAUACAACACAACACAACCUUUGUAUUCCUAGAUUUUUUGCGUUGACGCGCCCCACGAUCUUUCUUAACUUGCAAUGUUCAUCGGAUCUAUGGAUACGUCUCAUUUCUGCCCGCGUGCGGGGUAAUAUAUUGUCAUGAACAUAC